GCUUGAGAUGGGGGGCUUUUUCUCCACCAUCUUUUCCAGUUUGUUUGGAACUCAAGAGAUGAGGAUUCUCAUCCUGGGACUGGAUGGAUCAGGAAAAGCAACCAUUCUCUACAGGUUGCAAGUUGGAGAAGUUGUUACCACCAUUCCGACCAUUGGAUUCAAUGUUGAGACACUGACAUACAAGAAUCUGAAAUUUCAAGUGUGAGACUUGGGAGGACAGACAAGCAUAAGGCCAUAUUGGUGGUGUUACUAUUCAAAUACUGACACAGUCAUUUAUGUAGUGAACAGCUGUGAUCAAGAUAGAAUUGGCACUUCAAAAUCAGAGCUCGUUGCUAUGUUAGAGGAAGAAGAGUUGAAGAAAGCCAUUUUGGUGGUGUUUGCAAAUAAGCAGGAUGUGGAACAGGCCAUGACUCCCACAGAAAUGGCAAAUGCACUUGGCUUACCUGCUUUGAAGGACCAAAAGUGGCAGAUAUUCAAAACCUCUGCAACUAAAGGCACCAGGCUUGAUGAAGCAAUGGAGUGGUUGGUGGAGGCCUUGAAGAGCAGGCAGCAAUACAAAGCUGACAGCUGCAAAGAAGUUGCAGCCUCAUCCAACAUCCCUCCUUCUGCAGUCAACCACACUCUGCAGACUAGUAUCCUUUACGAGACAGCACAUUGUAGUAAAGCUGUUGUGGAUCUGAAGUUUGAUGAUGCAGUGAAAGGGACAACGGGAGUAGAAUCUAACUAG